CAUUAUUAAUGGCGACCGCCGCUAUUUGUCUAAAGUUUACAUCUCUCGCUAAAAAUAGAUCAAAAUGUUGUCUUGAGAUAGUACCAGAAGUUACUAAUUUACAAAAUAUCGACCAAAUAAAAUGGAAAGAGAGCACUGACUCAAUCGAGUAUUUGGUCCCCAUUACAUAUAAAAUUAUACUAAAAAAACACAAUACUCUAAAAGACAAUGACGCAGUGAGAUUUUAUCACUCUUGCGUCGAUUUAGUACCAUCAUGGUCUCAUGAAGAUUUAGCUUAUGGCGAUAUUUCAAGGAACAUAAGUGACCAUUUAAUCCAUAGAAGCUAUAAUAAAAUAAAUGCAUGUGUAUCUCUAUCUAGGCCAAACGCUUUAAAUAUGUUAAAUGAAAAACCUAAUGAUCUAGGAGAUUUAGAAACAAAACUUGAUAACAUAUUACAUAAUAUACACGUUAAAAGAGAUUUUGGUACAUGUAUAAGUGAAAGUCAAUUUGAAAACUCUAAAAAAGAGAGAAACUCCACUCUUGAGUUGAAUAAUAAAACCACCAUUGGUACAUUGACGGAUGCCAUACCGCAACUGUCUUCCAAUGAAAGAAAAACCUUAACAAUAGUUCCCGUUUGCAAAAUUGACACAUUUGAAGAUAUAGUUAAUAAAUAUCCCCCACAAGCGUUAGAAUUACCUAAAUCCAUCGUUCGUUAUAACCCCUUAGCAAAAAGUAAUCCAAAAGCAGAAAGAAAAUUUGUAUGUCAACCUCCGCUGUGUAAUAUUUCGUUCGAUUGUAAUCCAAAUAGCAUUGUUAACUUAAACGCACGUGUAUCUUAUUUCAAAAGUGUUAUGGAGAAAGAAAUAUUACCUCUUAAAAUAAUUUUACAAGAUAUUAUUACAAAAUGCAGUACAUUUGGGUUACUUCACAAUUCUAAUUACUCUAAAAAUAAAUGUAUAAAUGAUAAAAUUGCACUUGAAAAUAAGAAUCAUUGUAAUCGUGUAGUGUAUUCUAUCGUGUUUGAUGAAUAAAAUUAAAUAUAUGCCAUA